CUAAGAGUUUGAUAAUACUUAUGACACCAAGAUGCUUUCUCUUGAGUGGAAGCUGUCAGAGAAAGAUGGUUCCACAUUGGAUCAUCCCUGGCUGUUGGGCGAUGAUCCUUCCUAGGUUUUUAGCGAGCGCAUCACCAGGUAUGGCAGUGGCGUGGUUGUGCGGCGGCGAUCAAGGAGGAGGUUGGCUGGAUGUCACAGUUAUUCACCCAUGCGCGAGAGAGAUGGUGCUCUCGAUGCUUCACUCCAUCGCUUGGGCGGGGCUGGUCGUCGCUCUCGCCCGCGUCGCCGCUGCCAAGGAAAGGAAGAACAAGAGCGUGAGGAAGGCGGGCACCUUUGCCUUUGUCCAGGCCGCCACCAUGCUCCUCGGCGUUGCUCACACACUCGUCACCGCCUGGAACUGCCUGCGCUACUACCACCACGGUCGCGAUCGCCUCCUCCUCCACAGGCUCAUCUUCCCGCUCACGCAGGCCGUGGCAUGGGCUACGUCUUUGCUCCUCCUCGCUUACGAGGAGAGCCAUGGCUUGGCUCAUCACUUGGCUGUGCUCCGAGCGUGGUGGGCGCUCAGCUGCAUGUCUGGUUCCGUCCACGCUCUCUGCGGCCUCGUGUCUUGGAUCGUGCUACCGGAUCAAGGCGCCGGGAUCAUUCCAGGACUGGACUUGUUCACGGCGGCCGGGACCGCGCUGCUGAGCUUGGCAUUGCUGCUGGUCACUCCUCGAGGAGCUACUGGCUUGAGGAUGGUGGAAGCCAUUGACACGAAGGAAGCAUUGUUGGCGGGCGGUAGCAGUAACACUGGAGAUCCUGAGAGGGUGACGCGCUACGCGAGAGCGGGAUACGUGAGCAAGGCCUUGUUUCUGUGGGUGGAUCCACUUCUCAAGACUGGUAGCACGAGGACGCUUGAGGCGGACGACAUUCCCGAGCUCGCGGUGGAGGACAGGGCCGAGACGCUGUGCCAUGCCUUCGAGCUUAACUGGGCCAAGCAAGCGGAUCGCUCGGUUGCCUUGGCUCUCAUGCACUCGCGCCGCUGGCCUCUGGCUUUCACAGGCCUGCUCUACUUGCUCAAGGUGUCGGUCAUGUACGUCGGACCUCUGAUGAUCCAGCGCUUCAUCGACUUCGCGUCAAAACCAGGUGGUCACUGGAGCCAAGGAGUCGGGCUGGUUUCGUUGCUGUUGGUUGCAAAGAUGGUGGAAGAGCUCACCGAGCGGCAGAGAAACUUUGGGACGAGGAAGCUCAGCUUGUCAGUCAGAUCGUCGCUGGUAGCGGCAGUGUUUCGCAAGAGCCUGCGUCUCUCGAACUCGGCCCGCCAGGAGCACGGCACGGGACAGAUCGUCAACUACAUGUCGGUGGACGUGGAAGAGAUUGCCAACUUCGUGCUCAACCUCCACAACCUGUGGAUCAUGCCCAUCCAGAUCGCCAUAGCUCUGGCCAUUUUGUUCCGGGUGGUCGGGGUGUCCACAGUCGCGGGGCUGGCCAGCAUGAUCACCUUGAUGGCAUUUUGCCUCUUCAUCUCGUCCCGGCAGCGCAAGUACUGGAAGCAGAUCAUGGCUUGCAAGGACGCUCGGAUGAAGGUGACCAACGAGGCCAUCACCAACAUGAAGAUCAUCAAGAUGCAGGCUUGGCAGGACUGGUUUCUCCAGCUCGUCGAGAAGGCCCGUGACAAGGAGCAAGUUUGGGCGUCCAAGAUUAUGUACAUCGGUGCCACCAGCAUUUUUUUCCUGUGGCUGUCACCGCUAGCAGUGUCGGUGGCGACGUUUGGAAUGUGUGUGAUCGUCGGCAAGGAGCUCACGGCUGGCCGAGUCUUCACGGCCAUUGCAACGUUUAGAAUACUCCAGGAUCCACUGCGAGCUUUCCCGUCCGUGAUAAUGGCCGGCUCCCAGGCAGCUACUUCUCUCACUCGGCUCAAGCGCUAUCUUGUGAGCGACGAGAUUGACGCUCUUGGUGUUGAGAGGCGGCCACCCGGCAUUGACAACGUCGCGGUGCUGCUGGAAAAUGCCACCUUCAAGUGGAGUUUUGAUGGGGACAAGCCCGUCCUGGACAAGUUGGAUGUCAGGGUCGAGGCUGGGAGCCUGGUCACUGUUGUUGGAACUGUGGGAUCUGGCAAGUCGUCCUUCUUGGCAUGCAUUCUCGGGGAGAUGGACAAGGUGUCUGGAACGGUGAAGGUGAGUGGACGAGCGGCCUAUGUUUCGCAGUGUCCUUGGAUUCAGAACGGAACGAUCCGCGACAACAUUCUGUUUGGGAACGCGAUGAAUUUGCAGCGGUACCGUCAGACACUCCAAGUUUGCUGCUUGCAAGCUGAUCUUGCUCAGUUCGUGGCUGGUGACUUGACUGUCAUUGGCGAGCGAGGAUUUAAUCUCAGUGGUGGCCAGAAGCAACGCAUUCAGCUGGCCAGAGCGGUGUACCAAGAUGCCGACGUCUAUCUGCUUGACGACAUCUUCAGUGCCGUGGAUGCACACACCGGAACAGCACUUUUCAUGGAUUGCGUGAGGGGUGCCUUGUCAAGCAAAACUGUGAUUUUGGUGACGCACCAGAUAGAGUUUCUGCACGGGGCGGACUUAAUCCUGGUAAUGAAGCAAGGCAGAGUUGUUCAGUCGGGUAAAUUCGAGGAGCUGCUCGAGCAUGGUGUCCAUUUCUCCGACCUUGUGCAAGCUCACCACCAAGCUUUGCAACUUGUUGACGUUGGCCAAGGCAUGACCGGGCCAGAGAAUGGCCGGGCUUUCGAUUCUGGUGACGACUCCCAGAUAUCUCAUUGUGAGUUCAAUGCUGAUGAAUCGGCUCAAGCGGAAGAUGUGGAGGAGGAGGAGAGAGCCAAAGGUCGAGUGGACGGGCGUGUUUACUGGGCUUAUGUCACGCAAGCAUUCGGAGGAUUUCACGUCAUUGUCUUUCUGCUGAUUCAGAGCGCCUGGCAAGGCCUACAGAUUGCAAGUGACUUCGGGCUGGCUCACGCAACCUCGGAUAAGAACAAGCCUUUCUUCGGGCCUCGCAAGUUUAUCCUUGUUUACUCACUGCUUGCCCUUGGCAGUGGGGUCUUUGUGCUAAUGCGUAGCACACUUAUCUCUUACUGCGGGCUGGUCACCGCUCAGAAGCUCUACCUCUCGAUGCUCAGGAGCAUUUUUCGGGCCCCGAUAUCAUUCUUUGACGCUACUCCGACGGGACGAAUCUUAACUCGGUCUUCGACCGAUCAAGUUCUAGUCGACUUCACUCUUCCUUUUCUUUACGGUAGUAGCCUCGCGAAUGGCUUCCAGCUGAUUGGAGUGUUUUUAGUGAUUUCCGAGAUAACAUGGCAGCUUCUUCUUGUGCUUCUUCCUCUGGCAUGGAUAUAUUUCAAAUACCAGAGAUACUUUAUAGCCACAUCUAGAGAGCUGACGCGGCUGAAAUCUAUCACAGACGCUCCCGUUAUUCACCACUUCAAGGAAACCAUAGCUGGCUUGAUGUCAAUCCGUGCUUUUGGCCAUCAAGAGCGCUUUGCCAGGGUCAAUAUGGAUCGUAUCGAUACCAACGUGCGUAUGAGCUUUCACAAUGGCGCUGCCAACGACUGGCUCAGUUUCCGACUUGAGACCAUUGGCAUUGUAAUACUUUGCUUCUCCGCUCUCUUCCUGGUGCUCCUUCCUAAAAGCUUUGUUAAUCCCGAAUUUGUUGGCCUUUCACUCUCCUACGGGCUAGCACUGAGCGGGUGCCUUAACUACAUGAUCUUCAACAUAUGCCAGAUUGAACAGAACAUGGUAGCCGUGGAAAGGAUUUUGCAGUUUAGCUCUAUCGAAGCGGAGGAACAAGGUGCUGGAAAGGACGCUGGUCCAGGCGUCAGCUGGCCUCAAAGUGGCAACGUUGCUGUUCAAAGCUUGCAGCUUCGCUACAGACCAGGGUUGCCCCUCGUCUUGAAGGAUGUAACUUUCGUCGUCCAAGGGGGCGAGAAGCUCGGUGUUGUUGGAAGAACUGGCAGCGGAAAGUCGUCCUUCAUACAAGCUCUCUUCAGGCUGGUGGAGCCAGUCCAAGGCACCAUUUUCAUAGAUGGUAUCGAUAUCAGGAGCAUUUCUCUAAACGAUUUACGGUCGAGGCUGAGUAUCAUCCCUCAAGACCCGACACUGUUUGAAGGCACGGUGAGAAGCAACAUUGAUCCGCUUGGUAUGUAUCAAGACGAGGAGAUAUGGGAGGCUCUGGAGAAAUGCCAGCUUGCCGAGACCGUGAAGCAAUCCGAGUUGAAGCUGGGGGCUCAAGUCGCUGAAAAUGGUGAGAAUUGGAGCAUGGGACAGCGGCAACUGUUUUGCCUGGGGAGGGUGCUGCUCAAGAGGAGCAGAAUUCUGGUUCUUGACGAGGCAACAGCAUCCAUUGACACUCACACUGACUGGAUACUCCAAAAGAUAAUCAAAGAGGAGUUUUUGGGAAGCACGGUCAUCAGCAUUGCGCACAGGAUUCCCAGCGUCAUGGACAGCGAUAAAGUCCUUGUCCUGGACAAUGGAACAUCGAAAGAGUUUGCCUCUCCUUCCACGCUGCUGAGACGUCGCGACUCUUUGUUUGCCGGCCUCGUGCACGAAUACUGGAGUCGCUCCAAGAGCGCACAGAAUCUAACAGCAAUGAUCAGCUGACAUACAUUCCCUGGGACACGACGACUAGCUAGUCUGGCAUAUCAUGGAACGUGUGGGAAUUCCAUCAUUCCUUCACGUCUCAUCUCCUUCUGUGGGUCCUUUGCUUAUUAGGCACGCGCCAGU